ACUGUGGUGCACCACACGUGAGCACUAACUGAUCAGUUCCAUAUGUGAAGUUCGGCUUGUGGCUUCACCUGACCAAAGGGAAUUUUAUGCUGCACCAGGCAUCUGGUAUCCAGGCUACAACAGCCUUGGAGGGUCUUGGAGUGUUCUGUCUGAUUUGUUCAGCACAGGGCUAUCCUUAGGCAGUGGCUCAAUUGAUGCAGCUGACUUUUCUACUAACAGAAACCACUAGCAUAUGGUGGGCAGGCUGGCACACUGUUAGCGCUGUAGAUAAAACAGGAGCCGCAAAAGUGUUUCACCAGACUGUCCUGUACCCCAAUCUCCAAGGAGAUCCCUUUCGGAAGUUCCGGUGGCAAGACAGUAUGCAUUAGCCAGAGAAGGUUGCUGGUCCCCAACGGUUGGUGGGGGUACCAACAAAAAAACGGCCAUAUAUAAAAAGCUAACGAUCAUUCCCCCACAACCUCUGCUUGGAGAGUACUGUACCCCUGAUCACCACCACCAUGUUUCCUACAAGAAGAGAUGAGAGAGAUACAGUUUGGGUCACCCGUGACUGGGAAGAAACACCACAUCAGGGCUCUUCAAGGCCUGACGCUUGCGAGGACGAAGACAAGGAGUGGUCAAGCCUUCUGAACGACAGAGAAGCAGUCAAAACUCAUUCUGACCGGAAGAAGCUACCACAACCAAUUCGAAAAACAACCAGAGCAUUUGACAACAACGAGUGGUCAAGCCUUCUGACCGACAGAGAAGCAGUUAGAACAAGUUCUGACCAGAAGAAGCUAGCACAGCCAACUCAAAAAACAACCGGUCCUUUCCACUGGAAAGAAAACAUACCCAGCAAAGUCUGGUUUCUGAGAGGCAAACGUAAAAGGCAGCAGGCCGGGGCAGUGCAAUCGCAAACCAGUAUUCCUCUUAGGCCUAUACCAGACCUUACUACUGUAAGCAUGGCUGGUAAACGGGUGAACUGGGAAGAUGACAUUUCAAACUCUCAAGAGACGUCAAAUUCAGCAGAGACAAUAUCGAUGGAAGAUAUGAUCAGUGACCCAGGCCCUGCCGAGACCAGAGUUUCGACUCCUGGUAGCCCUCCACCCGGCUAUGAUACCUUACUGAGUGUUAACGGCCCUCGUGCUGUUGAAGAUGAAGCUUCUAUCGGUAGCAGCACUGAUCGAAUGUUUGCAGAGAGUGGCCUAACAGACGCACAUCUUUGUAACGAUGUUAAAGUAAGCGUAGAGGAGCCAGAAAUGCGCUUAAGGCGCCGCGGCGCGCUGGACACUGAAGGACCAGAUGGACAACCGCGAAUGACGCUACUCGGAAAGCCGAUUCCGCAGGUCACGCUCACACACAAGAACCGGCGGACGCUCUACAUCAAGACGCAGAUAUUCAACUUUUUCGAGGUGCCGCAGAAGCAGUUGGGGAGCAAAGUGUACCUGGUGGUCAUUUUCCUGCUAGUGUUCCUGUGUCUUGUACUGAGUGUUUUUUGUACCAUCGAAGACUACGAAGAAACAUCCAACCAUGUGCUUUUUAUCAUGGAAAUCAUCAUAGUGAUUGUGUUUGGGAUGGAGUACAUACUGCGGAUGUGGGCAGCCGGGUGCCGCAGUCGGUACCAGACCUGGCGCGGACGGUUACGCUUUGCAAGGAGACCGUUUGUAAUUAUAGACCUGGUGGUGAUCGUAGCGUCUGUGGUGGUGCUGAGCCUGGGUUCCCAUGGAAACGUGUUUGCUGCGUCGGCGCUGCGAGGUCUGAGAUUCCUGCAGAUUCUGCGCAUGGUCCGCAUGGACAGGAGAGGGGGCACCUGGAAACUGCUGGGCUCCGUGGUCUGGGCACACAGACAGGAGCUUCUGACCACGGCGUAUAUCGGCUUCCUGGCCCUCAUUUUUGCCUCCUUUUCUCUCUACCUCAUUGAGAAAGAUGAAAACCCGGAGGACUUCGGCAAUUUUGCAAAAGCACUUUACUGGGGAGUGAUCACGCUGCUAACCGUAGGCUAUGGUGACGCCACUCCUGACACCUGGCUGGGCAAGCUGGUGGCGGUCGGGUUCUCCCUGCUCGGUAUUUCCUUCUUCAUGCUCCCCGCUGGUAUUCUGGGAUCUGGAUUUGCCCUGAAGGUACAAGAACAGGCCAGACAGAAACACUUUGCACGGAGAAGGCAUCCGGCAGCAGCUCUUAUACAGUGUUUGUGGAGGUGUUACGCCGGGGAUAAGAACUCCCGUUCCAUCGCGACGUGGCUGCCACACCUGCGAGCCGUGCCGGACAGGAAGGAGGCUGCAGCCAAGAAAAAAUCCUUCAAAUCACAGCUGUCACGGAAAAUCAAGUAUUUUGUGGCAAGGCGGAAGUUCCGUGAAGCGUUGAGGCCAUACGACGUGAAGGACGUGAUAGAACAGUACUCCGCCGGACAUGUUGACCUGCUGGCCAGGGUCAAACACCUGCAGAGCAGGUUGGAUGAGAUUUUAGGGUCUUCCUCCCGCUCCCCGGGCCACACUAAGGACAAGUACUCCAACGACCCCAAAAUGCCCCUGCAGAGCAGAGUCAUCCGGCUGGAAAAACAGGUCCACAAUAUAGACCAGAAGUUGGAUGUACUCAUCAACCUCAUGCACCACCAGAGGCCGCCUGACCCCAGUUCCCAUGGCGAUGACCCUGGCGACGACGAGGACGGCGGUAACCAUGGCAACAAGACAAACUCUGACCCCGGUCGCCAUGGCGACCACGGAACAAACACUGCUUGUAGCCACGGUAGUAACCAAAUGAACCUAGCGGCGCCCGACGGCACAGAGAGAAAAGACUCUGCGGAUUCGCAACGGUUGUCACAAAGUGGGCGCACGCGUGCGUUACCUCGGCAAUCUGCGACCGUAAUUUCGGAAAGUGAUCCUUCCGAAGGGGACACAGCGGAAUCGUCAGCUCCAUGCACAAAGGACGGUAAAGAUUUGCGGGACAGUGCGGAGUUGGACACAUUUCCCGGUGAGGAAACCGCGAGAAACGGCCACCAAACGGGAAAUGGUAGAGCGAAACUUUCCUCAGACAGUGACUCUAGCCUCAGGAUGCUUGGAAGGGAAACAGACAUCGUGUAGCGAGAAAAUAAACUUGCCAAUAGAAUUAUAAAGGUCAAGUUGUAAUAUAGCAAGGGAAGGAGGGUUUAUUUAGCCUGGGGUCCAGCCUUGUUAGCUUUAGUCUGCUCCCCAAGAUCAGCUACAAGGCUGGACUCCAGGCCAGGGGUUAUUGUCAUGUUGUUGUAAAAUUGAGAAUUAUGUUGUAUAAUGCAAGAAUUCAUAUUUACCACUUUGGUGGAGAAGAAUAAUGAUAUCACUGCAUUCUAGCAGUGCUAUGGUGCAAACUAGUAGCAGUCCACAUCUUUCUCUCAGCAUUAGUGGAUUACUAGCCUCUGUAGCAGGCUUAUAGAACUGGGGGUUUGGUGGUCUUCGGCUGUUUUCUGAUUAGCCCAGUUC